UUCUGGGAUACAACAUGGCUCCUUUGUGUUAUAAUUUCAGAUGUGUAGUUAACUCGUAAUUAUUCUUUGACAACAUAACGACAGCUUUAGCGGGCUACUGGUUAUGACGUAUAAACAGCUGCAGUGUUCUAAGUGUUUUCAGUUUAAAACCUGGUUGUAUAUUUGAAUUAAAUAAUGUCAGACCAGGGUUCCAAAGUGAAACGACGCUCAGCUCAGUCCAGCACAACCUCUGAGGAAAGGCGGUCAAGGAGUACAGAGAAGGAGAAGAGGAAACGGAAACAAAGCCGCAGCCGAUCUUCAUCAUCCUCCAGUUCGUCGAGCUCCUCCUCUUCAUCGUCAGCAUCGUCCUCCUCGUCCUGUUCCUCUCUCAGUAGGAGCAGCAGCAGUAGCAGUGAUUCCCACAGCAAGUCAAAAUCGAAGAAAAGAAAGAAGGAAAAGCAUCCCAGAAAGAAGGGGAAAAAAGAGAAAAAACACAAGAGAAAGAAGGACAAAAAAUCUAAGGCAGAUAGUGAAAGCUCUGGGCCUGUUCAGAUAUCCAAGUAUCUGAAGGAAAAAAAGAAGGGUGGAAAGUACAGCAUGAUCUCAGGGAAGAGGAUUAAAAUGAAGGUGAAAAAAUCUAAAAAGGAUAAGCAGAGGGACAAAAAUCGUGCUGAACUGCUGGAGUUCCUCAACUCUGCCUUGUGACCUACGCCAUUGUGACUGUAGAACUAAAACCCCUUCAUUGUCCACAAUCAUGAGGAGUGACCUUGCAACAAGCUAGUAGUCUAACUCAGGGAAAGUUCAUUAACUGUUCCUGCACCUGAGCUCAAUCUCUAUAAUUGUUUCCAGAUCAAAUAAGAAAAAAAAUUAGGACCUAAUUAAAGUGUUGUCUCAACAAAAUAGACCCUUCUUUUGAUUGGGGAAAAUUGAGUCCUUUUUUUCUUGUCUAUUUAAAACUUGCUUAAGCUUUAAAUAUUUGGCAUACUGUAUUAUAAUAUUUUCUAUUGAUAUUUUAAAUGUAUGCUUUUGGAAGAUGUGUGCAAGGUCCUUCAGAAAAUCAGUGGACUGCACUGUAAUAGAAACGGUAUCAACACUUUCA